UUUCGCAUCGCCCCCGCCCUGGGGCUCAUGCUCGAGCGCGAGGUUCCCGAGGGGGGCGUCGAGCUCCCCGACGGCCGCUUCGUCCCCGCGCGCACAAAGAUGGGCAUCAACCCGUGCGUCGUCACGCGCGACCGCGGGCUCUUCGGCGACGACGCCGACACCUUCCGCCCGGAGCGCUGGCUGAGGGUGAAGGGCGAGGAAGGGGAGGCGGAGUAUACGAGGAGGGUGCGCCGCAUGCACGAGGCGACCGACUUCAUGUACGGGCACGGGACGCGGGUGUGCAUGGGGAAGCACCUGGCCAAGGUGGAGAUGUACAAGCUCUUCGCGACGCUGUUCGCUGCGUAUGAUAUCAAACUCACAGAUCCGGAUCAUGAGUGGAAGUACCACAACUCUUGGUUCAUGUACCACAGCGACAUUCCCUGCACCAUCACUCGUCGCAACAAGGCGUGA